GAACCAGAACCUAUUUUGACAAGAGUGCACCGACCUCUAUACAUGGACUGGCAAUAAACCGUGAUAAUUUGUGCCUAUUCGAUUUUCGCCAUUUUAGUGCUGACGGUUGCGAUUGAUUUUUUUUAUUUUACUACCAGUUAUAAUGAAACCAAGAUUUUGUUUAAAGCAACCGAGAGGCAGGUGUUCGCGUGUGACGUGUGUCCGACAAAGUGUGGCCGCAUGACGGACCUGCGCAUACAUAUACAGAAGUUGCACACCUCCGCUGAUCAGCCCUUUAAAUGUAAAAUAUGUGAUGAAAUGUUUCCUGAUCGUUAUACCUGGAAAAUUCAUCAUAAGACGCACAAAGGUGAGAAAUGCUACAAGUCUAAAAUCUGCUCAUUCGCCGGAUGUUCGAUGGCCAGGCUCAAGACGCACAUGCUCAAGCACAUGGACAUCAAACCAUUUGCCUGUAAACAGUGCGAGCAACGCUUCAGACAAAAGCAGUUGCUAAGACGACAUGAAAAUUUGUACCACACACCGGGAUAUGUACGUCCACCAUCGAAAGAGAAGACUCAUUCUUGUCAUGAAUGUGGUCGCGCCUUUGCUUACCCAGGCAACUUGAGUCGCCAUCUUAGCUUCCACGAGCCAAAGCCUGCACCAUCCGAACAGGUUGUAAUUCCUGAUCGAAUUAAAGAGGUUCAAUGUAUCAGUGGACAGCCAAAGGUUGGUAUUGGGUUUUAUUUGUAUGAAAGUAGCUACAGUAUAUAAUGCAUGCCAAGAAGUAUCAUCGAUUGACU